AUGAGUUCCGAUAUACCACUGAAUCCAAAGCUGAAACGGGUAUUGGGCUCUGUUUCAAAACCAGAAGAAUUGCAAUUAGAUUCAAGUGAAUCCAAUCAUCAGAUUAGUAAUGAUAAAGAUAUCCUACCUAUCGUGACUAGUCCAACUCGAGUUAAUACUACUGAUUCAGAAUCAUCUAGUGUACCAGAUACAUCAGCCACCAGUACAACAAAUGUACUACCUACGUCAACUGCAUUUGAUAAUCCCAAACAUUCGAUAGCUUGUCCUAUAUGUAAUGAGGAAAUGGUUAAUCUACAUCAAUUAAAUCAACAUAUUGACGAUAUGCAUUCUAAUGAUUCAAAUACAUCAAUUGAAUCACCUCCUAAACGAAAUACCAUCAUUAGUCCCAAGAAGAAGAAAAUCAAUCUUGAUUUAUUGGAUAAUAAUAUUGGAUUCAGUUUAAGUGAUGUAUCUGAACGAUCAGUCACUCCGCCAGCAUCUUCAUCUUCGCAUCGUCCUACCAGUCCGCAUCCUAAUCAAUCACAUCAUCCUCAUAAACCGCGUAUAUCAAGAAGUCAUUGGCAGCAUCAAUCUCAAUCAUCCACGAUAUGCUCAUUGACUGGUUGUAAUAAGACUUUGAAUAUCAAGAAUGGAUUGACUAAUUGUCGAAAAUGUGGAUUAUUAUAUUGUAAUGAACAUACCGAAUACAAGAUUAAAUUAAAAAUGGGAUCAGAGAAGUUACCUGUUUAUGAUAGUACAUCAGAAGGCGUAUGGUGUAAAUGUUGUCAACGAUGUUAUAACGAUAAACCUGAUCUUAAAGAAGGUACCAUGGCAUGGAGUAAAGAUCUUACGGCUGAAUUCAAUCGAAAACGUCAAACUCGGACCGAUGAGAAUCAAUUGAAUAGGAAUAAGAUUCAAAAGAGGUUUAUUAAAUUGACGAAUUAUUUAACUGAAGUGGAAUCUCAAGAAAAGAAACAUAAGAAGAAAAAUCAAGUCUCUGGUGGUGGAGCUGCUAUAUCAAUUCUUUCAGAUUGGUGGGCUAUAGAUGAAGCAGAGAAAGAGAUUCCGGGAUUAGAUAAUUGGCAAGAUGAUCAAGGGAUAAGUAAUUGUUCCAUAUGUUAUAUCAAGUUUAGUUUAUUAUUGAGAAAACAUCAUUGUCGAUUAUGUGGAAAGAUUGUUUGUGAUGAUCCUUAUGGGUAUCGUAAAAGUUGUUCAAUAGUGGUUCCUAUAUCGAAGUUGCUUGAGAGAUUAACUAAUUUGAAUUAUUCUCAGUAUGUGAAGUUGAAUUGGGAUGAGGUUGUUAAAGAUGAUUCGAUUAAAUUUCGAUGCUGUGUUGAUUGUAAGAAUGCAUUAUUAUAUGAUUGGAAGUUAAGUCAUCAUCAUCACAAGGGUGAAGCAGAAGAAGUUGAAGAUGGCGAUGAAAAGAAACAGCAUAAGAUUUUUAAAGCUUAUGAAUCUAAAUUGAUUCAAAAGCAUCAGAUUGAGGUGUUACUAAAUAAAUAUGAACAAUUUCAAAAAGUUGAACCUCAAACUAUUACAGAUGAAGAAGAAGAAAUGAAAAUUGGAAAUAAACUAAUCAACCAACUUAAAGAAUUUGAGAAUCUGACAGCUCAAUUCCGAAAUAUGUUUUUCAUGCCCCAACAAGAGAUUUAUGUCGUUUCAUCCGAAUAUCAAGCUUAUAAACGAUUGAUUAAUAAUAUUUAUCAAAUGUUAAUUAUCUUCCUUCAAGAUAGUUUAUUAAAGUAUAAGUUAUUGAAUGAGAGUUUUAAAGAGAGACAAGAAUCGAAAUUGCGGUCCAUCCAAUUACAAAAGCGUCAACAACAACAAUCAAACAACUCAUCGACCAAUCUGACUACUGACGUCGAACUUGAUGAUUCUCCACAGGUUAAACUUACAAAGAAACAAAUUCGAGAAUUACGAGAACAAUUGAUGGUUAUGAACGAACAAAAAUUCUUAAUUGAAUCUAUGAUUAAAGAAUAUACGAAAUCUCGUAGAUUUGACGAAUUGCAAGCAUUAAUUGAUAAUAAAAAGGAUCUUGAGAAUGUUAUCAAUGAUUUAGAAAUUAAAUUAGGUGAAUUUGGAUUUUGA